GUUGCUUCGUCGCUGGAAAUAAUGAAGAAGAGAGAAAUGUCAUAGCGAUGCAACAACAAUAAAGCAAUGGACAGUGGUUCUCCACAUGGCCCCGAACAACAUUUUUCACCUCACGAGUCACAAUACAUCGUCGUUGAGAUCCCAUACCUUGCCGGAUGAGGCUCUUCGGGCUGCUGCCCCUCGCCGGCGCCGCCCUGCUCCUGCUCGGCGCCGGCGGCAUGGCCAGCGGGCAGCAGCCGGCCGGCAGCGUGCCGUCGACCAUCACGCUUGAGGCGUUCGAUUCCAUGCUCAGCGGCCGCAACCUCAGCGGGUGCGACGGCGGCGCGUUCUACACCUACGACGCGUUCGUGGAGGCGGCGAACGCCAGCGUGCUCCGCGGCUUCGGCACCACCGGCGACGAUGCGACCCGGCGGCGGGAGCUCGCCGCCUUCUUCGGGCAGACCUCCUACGUAACCACCGGUUACUGCUACGUGAAGGCGGUGAACCGGGCGAGCGCGCCCUACUACGGCCGAGGCCCCAUACAACUGACUACCGAGGACAAUUACCGGCAAGCAGGGAGGGCGCUGGGGCUGGACCUGCUGGGCAACCCGGACCUGGUGUCCACGGACCCCGUCGUCGCCUUCAAGACGGCCAUUUGGUUCUGGAUGACGGCGCCGGCGCCGCCUAGUCCGUCGUGCCACGCCGUGAUGACCGGCGGCUGGACGCCGUCCGCCCAGGACCGCGACGCGGGGCUGCUCCCCGGGUACGGCAUGACCACCUACAUCCUCAACGGCGGGACGGAGUGCAACCAAACCUCCGCGACGGCCCAGGACAGGGUCAACAACUACUACAAGAAGUACUGCGACAUCCUCCGAGUAGGGUAUGGGAACAACACCUUCUGUCAGAGCGACAAGUUGGCUGAGCCGCCAUCCCCGUCGUCUCUGCAUCCUCCUCCCCCACCACCUCCGUCAAGGGCGGUUCUGAUCGGCGUAUCUAGUUCCAUCUCGCUCUUAAUCAUCAUCGGCACCUUGAUCUGUUUCCUUGUAUUUCGGCGACGGAGACGGCGACAGCGAAAGCAUGCUGAAAUCCAUGAGGAAGCAAUGGAAAAUGGUUCGGAAGAGGGCAACUUCUUCGACGUUGAUCAGGCCAUGGAAGACGAUUUCGAGAAGGGGUCCGGACCCAAGCGGUUUCGCUACAGGGACUUGGUAGCCGCCACCGGCAAUUUCUGCGACGAUAACAAGCUCGGAGAAGGAGGCUUCGGCUCCGUGUAUAGAGGAUUCUUGGACGAACUGAACCUUCAAGUAGCCAUCAAGAGGGUCUCCAAGGGCUCCAAGCAGGGGAGGAAGGAGUACGCCUCUGAGGUGCGGGUCAUAAGCCGGCUCCGGCACAAGAACCUCGUGCAGCUCGUCGGCUGGUGCCACGAAGGCGGCAAUCUGCUCCUCGUUUACGAGUUGAUGCCCAAUGGCAGCCUCGACCGGCAUCUCUACGGCGCCAACAACGUCGUGCUCCCAUGGUCCGUAAGGCAUGAGAUUCUUCUCGGAUUGGGCUCGGCGCUACUCUACCUACACCAGGACUGGGACCAAUGCGUCCUGCACAGGGACAUCAAGCCAAGCAACAUCAUGCUAGACGCGUCCUUCAAGGCGAAGCUCGGCGACUUCGGGCUCGCCAAGCUCGUCCAGCACGGCCGAGGAUCACUGACAACAGAUUUCGCGGGCACGAUGGGGUACAUGGACCCCGAAUGCAUGACCACCGGCAAGACCAACCCCGAGUCAGAUGUCUACAGCUUCGGCGUCGUCCUCCUCGAGACUGCUUGCGGCAGGCGGCCUGUGGUGGUAGCUCAGCGGGAGGAGGAGGAGGACGCGGUCCACCUAGCUCAGUGGGUCUGGGAUUUGUACGGCAAGGGGAGGAUUCUGGACGCCGCCGACGAGCGAUUAGGCGGAGAGUUCGAUGCCGAGGAGAUGGAGCGGGUGAUGAUCGUUGGGCUCUGGUGCUCGCAGCUCGACCUGAAAAUGAGGCCGUCGAUCAGGCUGGCCGUCAACGUGUUGCGGUCAGAGGCGCCGCUCCCGAGCCUCCCUGCGAUGAUGCCGGUUGCAUAUUACAUGCCACCGGCCGUUGGUACGCGAAGUUUGACAUCUUCCUCUGCAACCAGCGGCAGCAGCAGUGGCACUUCUACGUCUUCGGUGGCGGCAACAGGACGACCACCACUCGGUCAAUAUUGACUAAUUGUUGAAUAUAUUUUUGUCACAAUCUUAUUCUGGAAUGUUUAUUUAUGUUUCGAAUUGAUGAGAAAUUAGGGAACUAAUUUAAUACUAGAAUGGCGCAUGUGGCAGCAAUAGGGCUGCUGCCAAGAGUACUCCUGUUGUGAAUAAUUACUGCAGAAGAUCUGGACGGCGACGGACUCAGCUUUCUUUCCACCGCUCUGUUUAGAAAAA